UGGAGUGUCUUUGAGAGUCAGCAGUUUCUGACAGCAGGACUCAGGACUAAUGAAGAGGCCGAUCCAGAGGAACCAGCAGCAGCUGUGUCUGUUUGUGUUUGAGCACUCCGGCUCUGGUUCAGCGUUAGCAUGAAGUACGUGGCUCACACGGCCCACUGGCAGUUCCUCGGCCUCAUGUUUGGGGUUUUGGCCUGGAUCCUCACCGUCGCCACCACCGGCCUCAACGAGUGGCGUCUGUGGUUCGUGUCUGACGUGUCCGUGGUCACCUCGGGCGUGGCCUGGGUGGGCAUCUGGAGAGCCUGUUUCUACAGCCACGCCCUCCCCGCCAUCGAGAACUGUCGGAGCAUCGGCCUCUCGGACAGCUUCGCCCCGGCAGAGAUCCCCGUCGCCCAGGUGCUGAUGGUUUCGGCGCUGGUCUGCGGUCUGCUGGGGAACCUGAGCGCGGCAGCAGCCAUGAGGACGGUGUACUUCUCGAUGAAGGAUCACAGAAAUGUUGGGACGCUCUUCAGGCUGGCGGGGGGGCUGUACCUGCUGACCGGGGCCUGCAGCUCGGUGCCGCUGCUGUGGAACAUGUACUCGGUUCUGAGCAACAGAACCAUCCACUUCCCUCCGGACUUUCUCCUCCCUGCAGCGCCGGCUCGGCAGCAGCUCGGCGCCGCCAUUAUCGUGGGUCUUUUUGCCUCCGCCCUGAUGCUCGUCAGCGGGGUGCUGUUCCUCUGCUACAGAUACGCCUGGGAGGCGCUGGGAGACUUCAGGGAGCCAGAAACAAGACCAGAACAGAAGUCUGGACUACCCAACGGAGACCAGCGGGGCCGAGAUAAUCCAGCAUUUCUCAGAGAAGACAACUCAUGAGUGGAAACAACUCAUCAAAAACUCUUCACUAACUUAAAUUCAUGGAUCUUCAUCUUUUCCAUCAGGGCGAAAUAGUCUUGGACAGAAGAAACGUUUUUAAAUGACAGAGCAGCUGAAUCACUGCAUCUCUUAUUGACCUGAAGAAGUGCCGUUUUAGAAAAGAAUCAAGGAAAACAUCUCAAAUGUAAUUGGUGUAGUGGUCAGGUGUAGAUGGUAAGACUCAAUGAAGGUUCAUCAAACAGGGCAACCGUCCGGACAGGACAGACAGAGGAAACCCAUGUUGUAUUGUUGUAUUGCACAUUCAUUCUGAAUUACAGCUGUGAUUAAAAAAUCCCGGUGACUACGUCCACCUCUUAUACUCAGAGUCUUGCUUCAGUGUUUGUAAUCCUGCAGCUUUAUCAGUGUGCCAUUGGCACACCACAGAGUUUCCUCAUUCAGCAGCAGAUAUACAGAUAUGAAAUUAACAUACUUUUAUUCAAACAUAAAUAUUUUUUAUUAAUGUUUACAGUUCUCUCUUAAGCUGCUAAAUGCUCUGCUGAUAGCCAGUUCGGACCAGGGCUUAUACAAGAUAAACGCAUGUUGUUUUGAAUAAUCUCUGAUAAUAAAGUUUAUUCACAGAUCAACUGAUCAGCUGUUCUGUGUUUCAGAGUUCAGGGCUGGAUGGAUUUAUCAUAUCUGCUGUAAUAAACGUUAUCUCAGCACUAUCAGCAGGAGGG